AUGAGCACUGGGCGGCAGCGCAAGUUCUGUGCCAAGUUUGCGACAAGCAGUGCGGACAGUAUCCGCACAUUCUGUUUGACACCAGCUGAUACCAUUGUCCGCCGGAUCAUUGCCUUCAUCCGCGUGAACAUCAUUCGUGAUGGGGUUCAUGGAUCUGCUUGGUGCAUCACGGCAUAA